AUGACUAACAUAGAAGGGGGGAUAUCACAAAAUAAAUGUUUAAAUAUUUUUUUUCCAAUAAACAUGGAAAAUUCAGAUAAAAAAUUAAAUUAUUUAUAUGGUUUAUCUAAUGAAAAUACAUAUAUUGUUAUCCAUAUUUCCUAUAAAUAUAUAGAUAAAUUUAAAAUAAAAAAGAACAAUGAAAACGAAGAUGAUUGGAAGAAUAUUAGAAUUAUUGGAGAAAUAGUUUUAGCAAAAAACUUAGAAGAAUUACAGAAUAUCAAGUUUGUAAAAUCUAAUAAUAAUAAUAUCAAUAAUUAUAUAUAUCUUACCUAUUAUAAAAAUAGACCAAUAUUUAUGAGAAAAAACGGAAAUGAAGAAAAUAUAAAUGCUUUAUUUAUUUUAUAUAAUUCAAGAAAAUAUAUCUAUAAUCUUUCAUAUGAUCAUGUGAAUAAUUUGGUUUCUAAAACUUUUAGUAGAAAAGAUAUAUUUAUAAAAGAAAAGAAAAAAAAACAUAUAGAUAUGGAAAAUCAAUAUAAAAUGAAUCUUGAUAUAAAUAAUGAAAAAAAUAACGAAGUAAAUGAAAAAAAUGAAGAAAAUCAUAAAAAGGAAAAUUGUAAAAAUAUAUUAGAAGAAAAAAUAUCAAAUUAUUAUAAGGAUUCAAAAAAGGAAGGAAAAUGUUCUGAUAAAAUAAAUUUAUGUUAUAACAGGGAAUAUAAUUUAAAAGAAAAAGAAUUAAUUUGUUUUAAUUUUGUUGAAAAUAAAAUAAUUCCAUCUCUAAAAUUUGAAGAGAUAAUUACAUUAAUUAAUAAAAAAUGUCUAUAUUCAAGCGGUAUAGAAAAUUAUAAUAUUGCUAGUAAUUCAAAAGGAAGAAAUUUUUAUAUAUUAAAAAAAAAAAAAUAUAUAGUUUCACUUAUAGUUUACACAUUUGUAUUUUUUAUAUAUUUCAUAUCUCUGUUAAAUAGAUCUUUGUAUUAUAUAAUUAAUAAACCUAAUUUUUUAAGUAAAUUCAUUUAUUCAAAAAAAAAAAUAAAUAUUUUGCAUUUAAUAAAAGAAAAGUUAUUAAUUCACUCAGAAUGGUAUUAUAUAAUUAAUAAAUUAAUUAAAAAUAAAAAAAAUCCUUUAGAAUAUCAAAAAUAUAAGCACAUAUUAUUAAUUAGAUUAUUUAAUUUAAUAACAGAUAUGGUUUUAGGAGUAUUUAUAUAUUUUUUAUUGUCAUUUAAUAUAAUUAAUUUUUAUUUUUUUUGUGAUAAAUUAAGAAUUUUUUAUGAUUCUAGAACUUUAACAUCUAUAUUAGGAACAUUAUUACAAAAUCCUUUAGGUUUAAAAUUAAAUAACAAUUUUACUUCUUUUGUUGGUAGUGUUAUUGUUUCUAUUUUAGAUAAAUGGGAUUAUUUAAGAGUUAUAAUUUCAAUAAAAAAAUAUUAUGUUUUAGAAUUUUUUAGAUAUUCUUCUUUAUUAGGCUUAUCUUUUUUUCUUUCAUUUCUCAUUGAUUACUUAAGAUUUAUAACUGCACAUGUUAGCCUCAUUUUUUUUUUUUUAAAAAAAAUGUGUACAGCUUUUCACAAUAAUAUAUAUUCUUUAUAUUUGCUCUUCAAUGGUAAAAAGUGGAAUAUUUUAAAAUUAAGAGUAGACACAAAUUAUUAUACAAAUGAAGAAGUUAUUUUUGGAACAAUAUUAUUUACUAUAUUAAUUUUUUUAUAUCCAACUGCUUUAGUAUUAGUUGUAGUAUUUGGAAUAAUUUAUUUUAUAAUUAACAGGAUGAUAUAUAUUUUGUUUCUUUUAAAAAAAAUGAUAUUAUAUUCUCCUUUUUAUAUUUUUUUUGUAUCAUCUAAUUUUAAUAAAUAUAUUAGCAAAGGAAUAAAAUUUACACAACUUGAAAAUGUGGAAUGUGAAGAAUUAAAAGAUUUUCCUAAAACAUAUUACUUGCUUCUUGAAAAUAAUAAAUUUUUAUUUUGUGAUAAAAUAAAAUUAUUUAUAAAUAUUUUCCUCAAUUUUGAAAAAUAA